AUGAUGAUGCAUCGUCUGUGUUACAACGUGGGCUUCCAUAUCGAGCGUAAACACCGCCAUCAAACUUUCUCCGUGAGUCAUGCAGCAAGUCACCCAGCAAGGGUCAUCACAAUAUUGGGGAAACAGGGGAAUCAUCCACACUGCCACUUGAAAAAAGACCAUGGACACCUUUACCAUUGUUUAUUGAUCAUCAAUCAAUCAAUCAGAAUGUAUACAAGGUUUUUGUGUAUGUUUUUCAAGUUCCGGAUCGAGCUUUUUUGA